GUCAAAUCUUACGCCAUGAGCAAGAAUUCACUCAAGGCGAUGCACUCAUUAAGCCAGAGAAUCAUAUCGCAGUUGCGCAAAGCGCGGCAUUGAGCUCCACUGGGUGUGGGUGUCCGCGGCACACUCCAGCCUCCUGAUCUAUAUAAAUGUCUGGAUCUCGACAAACGGGGUGGUCCACUGUCGAACUCUCUUACUCGUUGCUCUUCCGCCUUGUUAGACAAUACGCUCGCCGUCCAAAACACUGCAAGAAUGUCAAAUCAAGCGAAUUAUCGGCCUCCAGUUGGACAAUUUCUAGCUGCCCCUGGAGGACAUCUCCCUUACCCAGCGCCGGGCCAAUUUGUAACACCACUGAUCCCCGAACUUGUCCACAAUCCAUUUGUGGCCCCAACAUUUGUCCCUAACGGACAACCCUAUCGACCGAUAAAUUUCAUUCAACCUGGGGCAAAUAUAAACGGGCAUAUUCCUGCCCCAGUGGGGAUAGUCAAUCCACCGAUUCCUGCACCUCUCCCGAAACCGGAAAUACACUCCGUGGAACUGAACCCCGUUUUGGAUGCACCUGUUGAGACGCAGUGGAAACGCAAGUUGCGGAGGGAGACCAACAUCUACUACGACAUUCGGGAUAGCCCUCGCCGCGCCCUUCUUGACACCCGCCCCGCUCGAGAAUUUGCGAAUAGGGAAGACCUGAGGGGCCCAGCCACCUAUCCCUACUGCACCAGACUCAAGAUCAUUAUCAAAAAUCUCCCUUGGGAGAUCAACGUUGAAAGUGAAAAUGCUACGACCAUGAUUACCGUUGAAGAUGUCCUCCAAGCGGUGCAUGAUGCCCUUCAUAUGAAUGUGACCCGUCCAGAAUGGUUGAUAUUGACAGAUGAGAGGCGGGAAAGGAUUAUUUCUCAGGGACGCCGUAAUUGUGAGGCCGCGGCUCACAAGCUGAGGAAGCCCCGACGCGAACAGGAGGGUAUAAAGCGAAUCGAUUGGCUCCUCGGUGAACACAUAAUGAGAGGCUUACGAAAGGACGAUGAGUUUAUUGCGGAACGUAUUGAUGAUCCUGCUGAGCGGGAGAGGACUUGGGUUUUGGCCACCGGUCCCAAAGAAGUAUGACAGGAAAUAUGCUGGACUUCCCCGCAUUACAUCCUUUCAGUCUCCAAGAUGCCUAGUUCGAACUCUUGGGGUUCUGGUGCUGACAUCAACAUGAAUGCGAACGGACACAAUGACAGUUUUGUGGGCCUGUGACAGAUCGUUAAUGACUCGCUGAUAUAAUGAAUUUACGAACUUAUAAUAAUCAUUUAAUGCCUGUGUUUUCACUUUACGUUUGGGCCACAGUUAUCGCCAAUGUGGCCAGGGCCACAGACAGUAAACACUGUACCCACUUGACGUGGCU